GGCCACAAGUUUCAAAACUUUCAAACAGGGCAGACAGGCAGAGAGACAGUGAGUCGGACGGCCUGACUGACGGCGGGGGAAUCAAGCUUUUGGACAAACCGCUGCACCGCACACUCCAAACAAGAAGUGUUGUCUUUAGAGGAGAAAAAAAAGGAGUGAAGAGAAGAAAGAAGCAGAGUCAUUGUGGAUCUUUUUCAGGGGAAUAUCCUGCACCACAACUUGUUUGUUUUCUCUUUCUUUCUCGUCUCUCCUUCCCCCUCCUCUCAGAUCUCGAUGCUUUGCUUUGGGAUUUGUGCUGCAGAUCCAUUAGACUCCUCUCUCCAUCUCUCCCGCUCUCAUCUGAAACAUUUUGAGUUGAUAAUUUUUUCCAGAACUUUACAACCCAACAAACUCACACAGACGUUUGCAGAAUCUCACUUGGACUAAAAGAGUUGAACUCAAGCCCGGCUCUGGAAUGAAUUUAGCCAAGCCCAGUUUGUCUAGAGAGACUCUUCUGCAUGGAGGCCGGAUGUCCCACGGAGGCCCCUGGGCGUCCGGGACCCCGAGCCCUGCCUCUGAUUCCGACAUGGGAUUCGAGCAGAAUCUCUCAGGGGACUGCAGCUCUCCCGAAGGCCUCGGAGCAGGGAGCGUGAGGAGGACCGAACAGAGGAUUUCUCUCACGUCCAGCUCAGGAGGACAGAGCCCGGACCUGACCCAGGCAGGAGGAGCGUCAGCGGGCUCAGGUGAUGGGAAGGCCAUGGGGGGCGAGCAGAGGAUCCGGAGGCCCAUGAACGCCUUCAUGGUGUGGGCGAAGGAUGAGAGGAAGCGGCUGGCCCUGCAGAAUCCUGACCUGCACAACGCCGUGCUCAGCAAGAUGCUCGGUCAGUCAUGGAAAGCCCUGAGUGCUACAGACAAGCGACCCUUUGUAGAAGAAGCAGAGCGCCUCCGUGUCCAGCACCUCCAGGAUCACCCCAACUACAAGUACCGGCCUCGUCGUAAGAAGACCACCAAGAAGCUGAAGCGUGUUGAACCAGGGCUUCUGCUUCACAGCCUAGCCCAAGGUGGUGCCUCAGGUCUUGGCAUCGGCUCGUUGGGUGCAGAUGGUGGCUCUCCUUAUGGACACCCAGGUGCCCACCCUUCGCAUCACCACCACUCCCACCAUCUCAUGGCUCCUCUUGGACACUUCAGGGACCUUCAAGCCUCAGGACACCCAGAGCUGGAGAGCUACGGCCUGCCCACUCCGGAGAUGUCCCCUUUGGAUAUUCUGGAUGAAGGAGCUGGGGAAUCUGUGUUUUUCCCCCAGCACAUGCAGGAGGAGUCCGGGAUGGGAGGUUGGAGUGGAUACCACCACCACCUUCACCAUCAUAACCAGCAUUAUAGCCACAGUUACAACAACCAUGGCCACCACAACUCCAUACAUGGUGCAGGGACAUACGGUCAGAGUUCAGGAAUGAGUGUUGGUGCAAGUCUAGGCACAAGUUUGAACUCUAGUUUGAGUCCAGGUAGAAGUUCCAGAGUUGACUCUAGAAUGGGUUCUGUUGAGUCAAACAUGACCUCCAGGUUAAACCCCGGUCACCACAUUGCCUUGAGAAGCCCUGUAAAGCCCCAGUCUGACUCCUCAUCCCCUGUCUCCUACCCCCAGCCCCCCAUCAGCAUCUCUGAGCCAAUCAAAUCUCAACAAAUGCCACAUCAAACCACCGCAAGUGUCGGCUACUUCGGCCAAAUGUACGGCAGCAGUACCCCCAAUGCAGGGUACUACAUGCCCUCUCAGCUGGGGCAGCUCUCACCCCCUCCUGAAACUUCUACUUCCUCUUGCUCAUCCUCCUCCAUCCCUCCAUCAAGCUUCCCUCCCUCUCUGCACUUAGAGCCUUCAAACCAUGAGUCCCCUGGGCACUUAGGGGCUUCCACAGCUGAGUUUUGGUCCGAGGUGGACAGGCAUGAGUUUGACCAGUAUUUUAACGUGGGACGGAAUCGGGAGGAGGCUUACGGACGCUGUGGGAGCGGGUCCAAAGUUGCAAAUGGGCGUGGUGGUAGCAUUGUAGGCAGUGGCAUGAAUACUGGUGUUAUUAACAGGGAUGUCAGCGGGAUUCUGAGCAGUGCUGGUGGUUGUGAUGAAUCUAGCAGCCCUCUUAUAUCUGCUCUUUCUGAUGCCAGCAGUGCCGUCUAUUACAGCGCCUGUAUAACUGGAUAAACACCCUCCCUCCAUCCCUCCAUCCCUCCAUCACGUGUACCUCCUUCAUACUGCACAGUUUGGUUCAGCUGAUUUAGCCCCGGCCUGUUGUUACACAAUAGGCAGGAAGUAUCCAGGAAGUUAAGUUUUGGCUCAUAUUUUUAGUCACAUCUUGUUUUUAUAUCAUAGAUUCCAACAAUUGACUUUUAAAACUCUAGUUUUGCUAGAUGCUGAUAUGAAAUUCUUGUAUGAAAACAAGUGGUUUUUUGCUCUACCAAUGCUAACUUGAGCCAGAGCUGGGUGCACCCAAAACCCACAGAUUUUUAAAAAAUGUUCAAACUGGAGACAAAACAAAACAAUCUGCUGAAAUAAGUAAACAUACUGUAAUUUGGACAUUCCUUAAGUUGCCCUAUUUGGCAGAUGGCUCGCUAGCUAACCAGCUACAUGCUACCUUAGUUUCUUUUGGCUAAGGGAUGUUUGCUAGCUUCAUUACGUUUGCACAACAGAGCUCAGAAACUUUUAGUUUUUGGAAUUUGUUGAGCAGUUGCAAAAUCAGCCACUGUGAGUCUCUUAGCUAGCACAGCAUUAGCUGGUAGCAAUUUAACCAUUUCAGUUGCAUCACUUCACAUUUGUUGCUCUCUAUCGUCAGAUGUGCAUCGUCCUGCUCAGAGGAUGUUGUGCUUUGACUUUAAGUGCUCAGUGUGCCGCUGCAACAAAUGUAAGGGCUCUCAAGUCUCACGCAUUUCAACCUGUUCACACGCCACACUUUGUAUUUCUCAUGCACAAUAAUUAGUAGGACAACGGCCACCAAGUUGCACCGCCUUUCCUUCAGAAUGAGUUUUCCAUGCACCAGCUAAUCAAAAAGAAAGAAAGGAAUAUAGCUACCCAACAGCCAAUCACAAAAUAGCAUCACUGUAUCCGGGUAAAACAAUGCAACAACGUUACGUUCCAAAGAAAAGGAUGCACAUGCACAAUGCAGACUGACCGCAGAUUAGAAGACGAGGUCUGUCUGCACCCCCCUCCCAACUUGAGAGCCCUGAAAUGUGCUGCAGACACCUUGAUAGAAUAAUGUUGUUCUUCAGUUACUUUUCAAGGGUGCUAGGUCUCUGCGUUAGCAUGUGUAAUGCUAACAAACGGGCAGUAUUCGUCAACAACUGGACACAUUUAUGAUCUCAUUUUUAUUUUUUUUCCUGUGCUGCAAAGUCUGAGGGAUUCAGGGAUUACAAAGUCAGCUAGGACUUUCCUUAGUUAAAUAGCCUUUGGGAAGAAAUCUCAGCUCAGUAUCUGGUUUUGUUUCUCUGCGCUCUAACCCCUGGUGACCGAAGAAGAGACUAUGCAAACAAGCAAACUGCACUAUGUAGUUUUCUGGUCCUUAACUAUGAAUUUCUGGAUCAUCUCAUAUCAUUUUUUGGAUUUUCAUUAAGAGCCAGAAAAAAUGUUCAUCUCACUUGUACAUUAAUUCAUCUCACUUGCCGCAUGGAGGACAUUAAAGAGACGGACACAGAGAAGAAGAAUCCCUAUGAAGGACUCGGUCCAGACUCCAAACCCUUUUAGCUGUGUUUCGGGAAAGCCUUGGCCACAGACCCAGGGCAGACCACGGAUGUCUCCCACAAACUAUCAGGACGUUUUACAAGCCGGGGUCGGGUUCUUCCUGACCGUGAUAUUUGCCUUUAGCGCUCACUCUCUCUCCGUCCACGGCAGGGCCUCAUGUCAGACUCUGUGCCAAAAUCUGCAAGUUUUAAAGUUGCUCUCUGGCAAAAAAAACACACAUGAUGAAGAUUCAAAGAUCAUUCUCUUUAACCAGUAAGCCUCUCUGGUAUCACACGCACAUCACUUGUUAAAACAAAAUGUCCUUUUCCAAACUUAUUAAGAGUAAUUUUCUUCUACAAAUAACAGAACACUGGGUUAUAAGUUCAUUGUUAUUGGAACAGAAUCUUGUGUGGUAAUUCAAGAGGGAUGAAAAGCUUCUCUUUACUUUAAAUUCGACUUCACUUUCAGAUGUAUGUGAUUCAGGAUUAUACACUAAAGCGUUGGUCAGGUAUUUGACUUGUGUAAUUCCAAAAACUGAUCUGAAACAUUUAAAAAGUGAUGGUUCCUGUGUUUGUGUUUUAGAAACCACGUUCUGUUGUAGCUGUUUACUGUAUAUAUAGAUGCUAUGCCUCUUGGCAGUAUGUGAAGGAGAAAUGAAGACUAUGAAAUGUUCUCUUUGCACUGGGUUUAAUGUCUUAGCUGUAUAGAAGGAACACUACUAAUAAAAUCUAAGUUGUCGUAAUUUUAAGUUUUGUUGUUGUACAGAAAGUCGUGUGUUUGUUUUGUUGUUUUCCAGUUUUAUGAAACGUGCUUAUUCACUCUCUCGCUGCAGAAAAGAAAGAUGAUGUUUGAUUUUAAACUGGAGCAGGGAAGCAGUUAGCAUAAACUAGGAAUCAGAAUUUAGCCUUUAAAGCUCUUUUGUUCAACUUUGGCGACCCCUGUUGGCAAAACUGCACCUCUGAUGUAUUUGCAGAUUGUCCUGUGCAUUUUUAAGUAGUGUUCUCAACAACAAACAAAGUCAUCCUGCUUUCUUUUAAAAGUCAAACUCAUCACUUGUGUUAUCCUUCAUAAGAAAAGACAAAUUGAAAGGCUAUUACUAUUACUUUGUACGACACCUACCCUGCAGGAGAAGUUUCAAUCUGUAGCCCUCAAAGACGCUCAUCCUAUCAACAAGCUUUAAAAACUAAGUUACAGCGGACAUUCUCAGCUUUCCAUUGACACCACAUUUGUCUCAUUCGGCAUAUUCAAAAUAAAUUCAGGAGAGUCUGGGCGCCCCCAAAGAUGGUCUAGAUCUGCAAGGGUUCAAAAUUGCCUUACAAAAACAAUCAUCCUGCUGAUUUUGGUCUCAUUGGAUUUUGUCGGUCUUAAAGAGGCAUCACUAUUAACUUCAGUCCAUUUCAUCACCGGCUGAAAACUCCUUACUGUAGCUUUAAUUUCGUUUGUCAUCAAGAUUUAAAAUCCAGUCGAAUUCAGUUUUAAAAUUGGGUCUGUUGUGCAAUAUUAGCUCCUGUUGUUACAUUUUAUUCUGUCCCCUAAAACAACACACUUUUUCCUCAUGUAUUAAAGUGUUUCACUACUUUAAAGGAAUAAAUGAAAGGUGUUACAACUUCAAUUUAAAAGUGACCGCAGGUUGAAUUUGCACUUUUAUUAAGGCAAGCUGCCAACCUUGUUUGCAGUCUUUGUGCUAAGCUAAGCUAAGCUAACUUAAUUGCUUCCUGACUCCAGCUUUUUUAACCCUCCUGUUAUGUUGUGGGUCAAAUUGACCCUUUUUAAAAGUCUAUUUUAUGCAAUAUAAGCCUUCCAAACCAGAUACAUGCAGCAUCAAAAUCUGGGCAGCAUGUGACAGAAGAGGUGUCGUGUUAAUUUAUCAACAUCACAUCAUAAAAUUAAAGAAAAAUCAAAAUGUAAAAUCAAAUAAACAAAAAUCUAUGUCAUGUAAAAGUAUUGUAUUUAUAUUUAGGGCUUUUUAAUGUACAUUAAAAAAAUUAUUUUAGUGAGUUAUCCUCAUUGGACCAUGAUCUGUGAGGAUUAAAGAACACCAAUGGACUAAAUCUUGAGUUAAAUGGUUAGUAAAGGAGUUAAAAAUGAGAUUUUAAAAAAUGUGUAUAGGAUUUUUUGGAUAAUUGAAUAUGCCCCGGGUCAAAUUGACCCAGGAACAUUAUUGCUGUUCCAGAGAAUCAAACACAACAAGAGGGUUAACACUCUUUUUCACACUCUUGGCGGGAAAGUGAAUAGGCUCAUUUCCUAAAUGUUAAACUAUUCUGUUGAUGUGUAUUUGUUCCACUAAAGUGUUAUAUGUUAUAAUUUCACCUUCAAAAGGAAACCUCUUGUAGAUCUCUCUAUCGGUCUAUAAUGAGUUACAGUGACACCAAAUAUGAGAAACCUUCCUGCCCACACUGUUUCUGUUUCUACAUAAAUGACUGGAAAUUCAAAAUGUGGUUUUGUUUGUGUUGAGAAAAUAAAGAAACAACAGUUGCAGCCACUGUACCGGCCUCUCUGCAUGUGUUUAUGUAGCAUCGAUCUGGUAAUAUUUCCGUCUCCAGAAGGAGCAGAAAACAGAAGUUUUUCUAGAAGGGCUCAUUCUGCAUCUGUUGCGCAUUAGUGCGACAGACAAUCCUUUUUUCUCAGAGAAACAGGAGAACAAAAUCGAGCAUCUUGCAUAGUGAAACCAGUUCUAUCCACCACACUCUGCUUUGCGGUGAACACAGAGAAACAGUAGAUUUUUCCUAGCAUGUCCUCUUGAGGACGGAGCCUCAGAGAAGCAGCAGUUCAAGGAAAGUAUUAAAAAAUACUUUUACAUCUGCAUUUGACAUUCUUUUCUGUUGACACUAAACAGAGUCUUGUUUCCAUUUUAAUUUACUGUGACACACAAAGAACAUCAGAGAGGCGGCCAUUUUUUUCAGUCGUGCAAUAACUCUCAGGCUUUUGGUAAUAAUUAUCUACAGGAAAAAAAAAACUGGGAUAAAAUCAAAGGAGAUUCUCUCAGCAGUCAUAUAAUGACAAAUUAAAAGCAUGUUUUCCGAGAAGUGUCACUGCGGUGCUUCUAAAUCUGUCUGUCAGGGAUUAUAAUUGUAUUUUCCGUAGUAAAUGGUUUUGUUUGUGUUUAUUUUUGAGAAAUGUGGGCUUGGCUGUAAAUGGAUCUGUUCUGUUUUUAAAGAUAAUUUCACAAAAUAAACACUUCUGAGAACGC